UUAUUAAUAGCAGGUAAAGGUGUUCCAGCGUAUUGAGUAUAAUCAAUAUCAGCGUUUCAUGAAUAUUUGAAAGAAUGCUUACAAUGGAAUAAUAAUUAUUUGAUUUGAAUUUAAUACCAGUGACACAUUUGUGAUAUUUUAUAGAGAUGUGUUAAUAUAAAUAUCAUUUUAACAAAUACAUGAUGUUGACAUUGUUUACUGUAAGUUUGAUUUAUAUGUUAUGUACCAGUAUCUCGGAUGGUAAAAGGCCUAACAUUGUGUUUAUUGUAGCGGAUGAUUUAGGAUGGAACGAUGUCGGGUUCCACAACCCAUCUAUGAUCACACCUAACAUUGAUAAACUCGCCUACCAGGGAGUGAUUCUGAACCACUCGUAUGUUCAACCAGUCUGCUCGCCAUCAAGACAUGCCUUUAUGACUGGGUACUAUCCAUUUAAAGCUGGCUUGCAGCAUAUGGUGAUAUGGGACGAGCAGGAUGUGUGUUCACCAUUAAACAUGACGUUUCUUUCCAGUCAUCUCAAGAAAGCUGGUUAUGCUACACAUGCUAUUGGAAAAUGGCAUCUUGGAUUCUGUAGCUGGGAGUGUACACCGGAGUAUCGCGGGUUCGAUUCUUUCUAUGGCUAUUAUAACAGCCGGUCCGACUAUUUUACUCAUGAGGAAUGUAUGCUUAUUGCGAGGACAUAUACAUUUGCAUUUGGAGUAAAUUUAAUUAUUGUACCUUCCUCUUUAAAGGUACCACCACAAUAUGAAGCUCUGUACCCGGAUGUUAAAACUAAGGACAGAAGAACAUAUUGCGGUAUGGUGACGGCAUUAGACGCUGCUAUUGGGCGUGUCGUAGAGGCUUUGAAAAAGAAAGGGCUUUAUGAUGAUACUAUAUUCUUUUUAACACCUGAUAAUGGCGGAAUGAUAACAAAGGGAGGUAAUAACUGGCCUUUACGUGGCUCAAAAAUCACAGUAUGGGAAGGUGGAACUAGGACUAUUGGAUUCGUUUCAGGAUCCAGACUUCAGAAAACUGGAUACACCUUCGAUGGGUUAAUGCAUGCGGUGGACUGGCACCCUACAAUACUUACAGCUGCCGGCCUUACUUAUGACCAGAAUAUUGACGGCAUAUCACAGUGGAUGCCAAUAGUAUCGGAAUCUGGAGGGGUAAGCGGACGGGAAUUUAUCUACAACCCUUUGAUGACACGACAUGCCGGAAAUUGUUCAGAACUUCGGACACGCAUAAAUGAAUACAAACAACACAUGAUACCAGCUAAAUAUCCAAAAUCAAACCCGUCCGCAAAUCCUAAAUAUUUUGGCAACGCUUGGACACCGGGAUGGUGUAAGAAGCCAAUGGAAUGAUAAUUACUUUCAUCAUUAAGAUCAACUGAAUCUUUUCAUUUCUUUCUUUACAGUUUUUUAUAAUUUAAUAUCCUACUAAAUUGUUAAGUUUAAGAUAUAUUUACUCAUCUUAUUGUGAGAUGAAUAAUCUACAUUAUCUUUUUAAUGAAGCUCCGCUGAGGUCAAAAAGCUUAAAAUGUGAAAUUCUUGCAUAGAUCAUGUGAAGCAUUUAGAAAAGAGAACCUUGCAAAGGAUAAUAUAGAAAUAUUCUCAGAAUAAAAUUGAAUUUGAAUUAUUUUGCGCUUGUAAGCCUGAUUUGAGUAAAAAGCGUUCUUUACUUUUAUAUAAAAACGAUUAUUUUGGAAAAAAGGUGUGAGGGAAUGAUCUGAAAAUUGCAAAAAUAUUUAGUAAAACUUGAAUGCUUAAUAAAUCCAGUUUUAGGUGAAUAAUUGACGCAAUGGAUACAUAUU